CUGUCACUCAUUUCUGCGUUUAUCGUUUCCAACUGAACGUACUCCGGAAGUAGGUGCCCGACGUUUGCGCAUGCCAGCCCUGCAACUUCCUUUCACGAUCUAACACCAUCAAAAUGGUGAACAUCCCGAAACAGAGGAGGACCUUCUGCAGAGGAAGGGAAUGCAAGAAACACACCAUGCACAAAGUCACCCAGUAUAAGGCUGGCAAAGCCUCCCUCUAUGCCCAGGGUAAGAGGAGAUACGACAGAAAACAGUCCGGAUAUGGUGGUCAGACCAAGCCUAUUUUCCACAAGAAGGCAAAAACUACCAAGAAGAUUGUACUUCGUAUGGAAUGUAGCCAGUGCAAAUACAGGAAACAGCUCUCCCUAAAACGCUGCAAGCACUUUGAGUUGGGUGGUGACAAGAAGAGGAAGGGCCAGAUGAUCAUGUUCUAGAUGUGUCCAUCCUUUGUGUACAUUAAGAAAUAAAUGGGGGAGCAUA